UUACGAUUAGAAGUAUAAUUGAAUACACGUUUGCACCCAUUAAAAAUAAUGACACAAAUCUUAAUUUUAUUUCUGACCGUAUUUUUGUGAACAAAAUAGCUGCAUUCAUAAAUAAUUAUUUAGACCUGUCAACGGAUCCUUCGUCAGGAUGCAAAUGGUCAAAGAUGGAUCGUUUAUCAUGCAGACGACGGAUAGUGUGAAGAAUAAACGCAACAGGUUCCAAAUUGGUCAAGCUGUGUGUAAGAAAGCGGGUAUUUAUCCUACCGCAAGGAUUUUCUGCCAAAGUCAUGUUGAUACAGUUGAUGCAUCAAUAAAAUGCCUUUACAGAAGAGACGAUAAAGGGACAAUAAUCGGUUGUCGAUCAUUCAGCCAUCUUCUCAAUUGUGGCAACUUCACCUGCCCUAGAUAUUAUUUCAAAUGUCCAAACAGUUAUUGUGUGCCGUAUAUGUAUGUGUGUAAUGGAAUAUACGAUUGUGGUAAUGGAGCAGAUGAAGAACAUUGUGGUAAAGAAAACUGGAAUAUAAUAUAGUUUUAAACUUUCUUACAUGUAUCCUUGUUAAUCAUUAUCAUAUAUUCUGCUUCAUGAGCAUUUUAUGUAACUGUUUAUCGCAUAAAUUUAUUUGUUACAAAAAAGUGGACACGAUGUGAAAGCUUUUUUUUAAGUUAUAAGAUUGUUUUCAUUAAAUUCAAGUAGAAUGACUUUUGUACUUCUACGAAUUUUGAGAAAACGCUAAAGUUAUGUGUGGUCUCUAUAACUCACAUAAAUAUUUCUGAAACUUUAUUUAUGGAAAUUUGAGUUUUUUUCGCAAACGCAUUUGAGGUAGUUAACCCUAUCUGGCACUACACAGAACUGGAAAAAUUACAUCAGAACACAGUAACUUUUGAAUUCCUUAUGCAAAAUGUUAACAAAAUUUACCGUACGGUUUUGAAAGAAUCGACACUCACUCGAACGAC